AUGGCUCCUUCACGGCGCCGUCUCUCAACCAAGAAGUCUCGUGUUCGUUACCGUGAGCCGUGUCGACAUGCUGUUGUAAUGGUAUUAGGUGACGUCGGUCGUAGUCCUCGAAUGCAGUACCAUGCACUUUCACUCGCACGCAUGUCUCGAAACCUACGGGUUACACUCUUGGGCUACGCAGGAGAGCAUUGUAUACCCGACGUAUUACACCAGCCAAAUAUUGACUUGGUGACCUUCACUCCUCAUUUCCAGCAUUUUCCACGCAAGCUCUUUUUAUUCCUAGCACCUUUUAAGGUUUUCUUGCAGCUGCUACAGCUGCUCUGGCUACUAUUGGUGACAGUGAAUAACGUGGACCUUGUAUUGCUGCAAAACCCACCGACGAUCCCGACGUUUGUGGUCGUGUGGCUGUGUUGCCGAUUAAAGGGCGCUCGUUUUAUAAUUGAUUGGCAUAAUUUGGGCUAUAGCUUAUUGGCACUGUCUCUUGGUAAUAAACACUUGUUAGUGAAGAUUGCCAAGUGGAUUGAGCGCGUAUUUGGACGUAAAGCUGAUGCAAAUUUAUGUGUCACGUACGUGAUGCAGACGUGGUUGAGAGAGACGUGGCAAAUUGAAGCGACAGUGUUGCAUGACAAACCUCCGCCUUUUUUUAAACCCACGUCGCUUGACAUUCAGCAUGAACUGUUUACUCGCGUAGGAGAUCAGCUUCAACAUUGCAAUAAUCUGGUGACGUGGGGCCAAAAGGCGGCCAACAUGGAAGAAACACUCCUUACGUGCAGAGUUCGUGGCCUGAACGGGAAAAAGGGCAAAGCAGUAGUGCAGCCUCGUGAAAACAGACCAGCUAUGAUCAUCAGCUCUACGAGCUGGACAGCAGACGAAGAUUUUGGCGUUCUGCUGGCAGCACUGGAACUUCUAGACAAGCGCACGUCAUCGCUGAGUGUGUCGGAGUUUCCGAAUGUGCUGGUUGUGGUGACGGGUAAGGGACCUCAGAAGGAGAUGUAUCUUGAGAAGAUUAGACAGCUUGCCUUCAAGCGCAUCCGGAUUGCAACGAUGUGGCUUGAGGCAAGCGAUUACCCCCUUAUUUUAGGCAGUGCCGAUCUGGGUGUGUGCUUGCAUACUUCAUCAUCGGGCUUGGAUUUGCCGAUGAAAGUAUUGGACAUGUUUGGCUGCGGCCUUCCAGUAUGUGCUAUUGGAUUUGAGUGUUUACAUGAACUUGUGAAGCACAACAAAAAUGGUCUGGUGUUUGAUUCAUCCGAGGAGCUUUGUACGCAAGUCUACAAUCUGCUCAAAGGCUAUCCUACAAACACAACCCAGCUCAAUCGUCUUCGGUCAUCGUUAAAGACAGUGGAGCAUUGGCCUGAGAAUUGGAACCACGUCGCAGCACCAUUGUUCAAAAAGCAUUUAAAAUGGAACACUAUUAAUGUAGCCAUUAGUAGAUAG